CCACUUCCAAAAUUUUAGAUUAGUAACUAGUAUUGCACUAUGUGACUUGUGAGAGCUCUGGAAUCCCGAUUGAAAACCUGAGAAUAACAUAUUAUUUGAGUUUUACAUCAGUUGACAUUUUUCCGCCAAACGUUGACGUUGCAACAUACAGUUAUAAUGAAUUUACUGUUUUCCGUUAUUUUUUUGACUGGCGUUUUCCAAGUUUCAUCCGAAAAGCUUCAAGUGUCCAUUUAUUACGAAGCGCUUUGCUCUGACAGCGUCCAGUUCAUUACUAAACAGCUCCAACCUGCUUACAAACUGAUCGGGUCCAAUUUAGAAGUGGAUCUCGUACCUUACGGAAAAGCAUCGCAAACCCAAGAAAAUGGCAAAUGGUUCUUCAGAUGUCAACACGGUCCGCCAGAAUGUCACGGUAAUAUAUUGCAAGCGUGCGGUUUAGCUACGGACAAGAGUCAGGCCCAAAAAGUCGACUUUGUGUAUUGCGUCAUGAACCAAUGGGAUCCCAGUAGUGACGACGCAAUUGAAAAGUGUUCUGGAAAAUUGGGACUAACGAGCGAUGCGAUUUUCCAAUGCGCCAACAGUGGAGAAGGUGAAAUUCUUUUGGCUAAGAAUGGCGUUCAAACACAUGCAGUAACGCCAAAGAUCACUUUCAUACCGACGAUAGUGUUUAAUGGUGUAUACAGUUCUGCGAACCAAAACGGAGCUUUCAGUAAUUUCUUAAAAACGGCCUGUGAUCAAUUCCACGACAAACCCAAGGGAUGCAACGCGUGAUUACUAUUAAUAUUAGACAUUAGGUUAAUGUAACAAGUAACAUUAGAAAAAUCUGUUGUGUUCAAUUUCAAUUAUAUGGCAAAUUGGAUUCCUGUGACAGGUUAAUAGGAACUAGGCGAACUUUUGCUGCAACUGCAAAAGCUGUCAAGGUUACCUGGACUUUUAUGAUGUAAGUGACGACCUCCCAGCUUUCGUAAAUGUAUGCUAUUAAAUAAUUAUUAAAAGAGAAAAUAAAUAAUCCGAAAAAAUGGUCAGUCCGAAAUGGA